UAUAACUACACAUUAUAAAUUUGAAAUAUGAAAUGACUUACGUGAGGGAAGUAUUAGUGUUCGUAAUUCAUGUUGUAGGACGUCAUAGGUAAAACGCUUUGCAUCUUGAAAAUUAUGAAAUGCAAUUGGUUCAGACACAUUUAUUCCUAGCAUUUUCAUAUAUUUGACCCAUGAAGGAGGUGCAAAACAUAUAUAUUGAUUUUCUGUUGUAUGCUGUAUAAUUGCAUAUAAUAAUUUCCCCCCAUUGAUUGUAGUUGCGAAAUAACGUUUCAUAUUAUAACGUUGUUGGUUGACGCAUGAAACCUUUGAAAAUUCUACAAAAAUAUCCAUGAUCGUUGGAGAGAAACUUGAAAAUUGGGCAAGUGUUUGGCAAUGGAUUACGAGUUUGAGACAAAAUGGUUUGUGCUGGAGGGGGAGCAAAUUGAAGAAUGAGUCGGUGUGGUUUUAAACAAUGGACGGAGUGGGUAUAAAUAUGACAUUAUUCGAAUAAAGCCUUUGCCAUAGGCGUGAUUUAUACUGACAUUAUUCGAACAAAGCCUAAGCCAUAGGCGUGAUUUAUACUGACAUUAUUCGAAUAACGCCUAUGCCAUAAACCUUAGGCGAAAAAACAAAUUUUGUUUUAACUUUCUCGCCUGAAAGUUAGGCGAAAAUAGAUAUUUUUUCAGGAUUUGAUUUAUAUCAAUUACAUUUGAUUAUUUUUUCCCGAACCAGUGAGCGAGUACAGAAUUGCAUAUGUUCAUUGAUGAAUUAUGUCGUAAUAUUAAUUUAUUUUAUCUUAGCAACUAUGGCUCAGAGAAUGGUCAAUCCCGGUCCAAUUGACACUUCUGUGCUGACAAUGCAACACAGUCAUCGUUCACGAUCAAUUUGGACAGAUGCCAAUGUGGCAAACAAUUCACAUAUUAAGUGUUGUCGCUAUGAAGGGAAUUUGGCUGAACCGCGACAUCACAGAAUGAUCGAGAACUUGCGCCUUAGCGGUUUUUAUGGUGUGUCGCUCAUUGACCACGUUAGGUUAGAUCAUUCGUUGAUCUUGACACUAGUUGAGCGUUGGCGUCCGGAGGUCCACGCCUUUCACCUACCAUUCGGUGAGGUUGGUAUAACACUUCAAGAUGUUGAAGUGUUAUUUGGAUUAAAGGUGGAUGGUCUAGCUGUUACGGGAGGACAACAACGGACUAAACAACAAUGGCAGUUUAUGUGUGACCAAUUGUUGCGUUUCUCUCCUAACCCUACAGCUUUUCGAGGCCAAAAAAUAGUAUGACGCUGAUUCCGGAAAUUCCCGAGUUGACAGACGCGAGCACAGAUGAUGAUGUCGCGUUUGCAGCGCGCGCGUAUUUAAUACGUGUGCUAGGGGGGUUUCUUUUUCCAGACACGUCAAACAGCUUGUUAAAUCUUAACUUGUUGCCGUUUCUGGAAGAUUUUGAGGACUGUGGUCAGUACAGCUGGGGAUCAGUUGUUUUGGCCUUUCUGUAUAGAGCUCUGUGCAGUGCUUCUGAGCACGCCAAAUCUCAUGUGUGCGGGUGUCUACUCCUUUUGAAAAUUUGGGCGUGGGAGAGGCUGCCAAUGGUACGACCUGAGGGUUUUUUACCUGCACAUGGCGGACAAGGCUUGUCACUUGCAUCACGGUGGGGAGGACCACAUGAUUGGGAAACUGUACCGAACCACGUGGUUCUUGCAUAUCGCGACCAAUUAGAUCGCGUCUAAACUGAUAGUUUUGUCUUCCAACCCUACCGUCUUCUUUUGCACCGCUUGCCCGAUUAUUGCAGAGCUGGGGAGGAUAUAUGGACUGCAGAAGUUCCGUUGAUUUUCGGUUAUGUAGUUGAAGAAUAUUUUCCCUCACGCUUUUGCAGGCAGUUUGGUGCUCAACAAAAUAUCCCGGCCCCCGUGCAAUACAAUCAGCAGCACGCUAUUGACGGUCGGACAAAUAAUGCAGCGCAAAUUAUCGCGCCAUAUAUCGAUAGGUGGAACCAUCGCCACGAAUAUGUAUUCGCAAUGUUCGUGAUGGACAACCCAAAUGCAACGCGCGAAUACAGGUUAUGGUUCCACGCGCAUGGUCGUCGCAUCAUUGGUAACCCAGAACACCGCCAAGAUCAGGGUUACAUCCAAACUGCGGCGUCAUUAAAUGACACGAUGCAUUUUCUGAGCCAAAUGAACUUAGGUAUGGAAGAGGCUGGAGAUGAUCCGCAGCGUCAAUCGGACUGGUGGCGGAAAUACCGUGUGGCCUUGCCUGCGCAUGUUGAACAAGCCGGGUACGGUUUUCUACUGGACUUCCCAAAUGAAAUGUACAAUGUUGAGCCAGUGGACGCACAUGUUGGUCCUGUUCGUCGAGAUCGACGACGUGAGCGAGACCAUUUGCGUGGUCAACCGCAACAGGGCGGGAGGCGUAGGGGUGUUAGGGUAGAUGAGGGCAUGGAUGCUUCGGCACCUGGAAUGCAACAUCCGGCUGCGGCGGACAAUGUUGUAGGGGGCGAUGUGGAUGCACUUGCACUUACAAUUGUCCCGGGACAAUUGUACGACGGUAGCGGGGCAUUUCAAACGGGAGGAUACACUUCAUUUGAUCAAACCGCUCAAUUCCCUCACCAGACGCAGGGAUCGUUUGGCCAAAUUUUUGACCCCACCCAAGCCUCUUCUAGUUACCCCCAAGCCUCAUAUCACCCACCAUACGGCUAUAACACAUCUGCAUACCACCCAAGUCAGUUUGGUGAAGUUGGGGAAUCAUCUGCUCAGGGUGGUUUGAACAUGGGACGACCAAUGCAAGAUACGCAGCCAACAGACGACGACGAAGAUUUUAUAUCUUAUAUGCAUCCCCCGCAUCAAUGACUGUAAAUUUUAUAGCUUGAAUAUUCAAUUAUUAUUUUCUGUUACUUUUUACUCAUGUUUAGAUAUUGAUAAAUAAUU